CAGUCAGUGACAUGCCGCCUGGGAUAGCCUGUGUAGCGCUCAAACGCACGCACAAACACAAACACACACACACACACACACACACACACACUCUUUCACUCAUUGACUUACACUUUUUUUUUCUGUUUUUCCUCUCGUGCUUUUUUGGGGGGUUGACAGCGGAGAACGGCAGCAGGUUUCAGCAGCUGUCAUGAGAUGCAUUUCACCAGUUAAACGGUGAAACAGAACACACACACAAACACACACACAUGACCACAUACACAGAGAUACAGAGAUACACACAUUCUGCCACGCACUUGAGGAAAGACUUGCGAAGGGAGAGCUGGCGUCAACACAGAGGUCGGUCCCAGCCUGCUCUCUGUGCUACUACUGUACCGUCAUGAGACGGGCUGCUGCAUUCAGAUAGACAGGAGCAUAGGCUUAUAUACAACAUGGGUAACACAUUUAGCCAAGAAGACAUCUCCCCUGCUGAGCUGGAUGCUCUUUGGAGGGAACCACCAUACACUCUUGGGGGAACAAAUGAACACUUCUCAAGAAAUGACAUCAUGACUCAAGGUGCAGGUGAGGAGGAGGAUGGUCCAGUGGUGGAGUCAGGUGAAGGAGGGGUGGAGCCUGACAGCUACUGGAAGAGGAAAGAAACCUUCCUUAGAGGAAGUACUGUGUCGCUGGGAGAGAAAUUCUCCUCAGAAAUUGUGCUGUUGUUCACUGGGCGGAGGCGCUCCAGUGUGGAUCCUGACCGAACCCUGCAGGAGGCGCUGCGCACACGACUUCGAGUGGUGGAAAGCAACAGCCAGGAUGUCAUCCAGCUCUUUAAAGACUUGUCUGCACGCCUGGUGUCUGUCCACGCUGAGAAGGACAGCUUUGUACUCACAUUCAAGACUGUGGAGGAAAUUUGGAAGUUUUCUACUUAUCUAGCAUUGGGCUAUGUGGCUCGCUGCUUGGAGAACUUCCUGUGUGAUCAGUCCUUCUGGCUGGACCCAGAGCUGCUCAGUGACCUGGAGAUCAAUGUCAGCGUGGAUGAGGAACAUCUGGCCACCCUCUACCUGGGACUUCUACUCCAGGAAGGAUCCUUCUUUGCGAAGGCGCUAUUUACAAGAAGUGAGCAGGAUGAGGAAGAAGAAGAACAGCUGUCAUUCAAAAAGAACGACUUGCUGAUGGUGAGGGACACAGGGCAGGACAACAUGUGGGAGGGCACCAUGCUCUCCACAGGAAACCAUGGCCUGGUGCCAGUCAACGCAAUGCAGCCACUGCCCUACCCCUUCUAUCAGUGGUUCCUGAGGAAGUACCCAGACCAUGCUGGAUGCUCGCCACCAGAAAAGGAACCAUUUGAACAUCCAAUUGUCACAGGUUCCUGUGUAGCAGUGGUUGACUACAGUCCAGUGGGACCGGAUGAGCUCCAGCUGAGCCAAGGCGACAUUGUGGAGAUUCAGGGUCUGCUAGUCCGAGGCCUGGGCAUCUUCAUAGGAACACACACAUCCACGGGACACACUGGUUUUAUACACAAGGCCCAUGUCAAACCUCUGGACACCAUGCCCCUAGACAAACAAUUGGUCUUUCUGACUGAGGAGGAGAGGGCCAGCCUGGCUCAGGUUCACCCGUGUAGCUCUGAGCCAAGUGAUAGCGGCCUGCUGGAAAGACUCUUCUCAUCUGACAUCAGCUCUGUGUACAGGCUAGACAGACUGGAUGAGACUGACUUCAUGUACAUCAGGAAUCGGCCAAAACAUGACCAUAAGGUUCCUUCAAGCGCACGUCAGAGUGUCAUGUCAGAGAAAAGUGGAGGGACACCCCCAUACCACUCCUCCCCACGGCCCUCUCUCUCUCACUCCUCUCCCCGUCUGUCCCUCUAUCACUCCCAUAAUCCUCUGCCACGCGAGGGAGAGCGCCUGUCCUUCACUCUGGACGACACAUUCAGGGAGUUGGACGAGUUCCAGGAAGAUCCACCUCUCUUCUUGGAGGAGAACAGCUGGGAGGGGGAGGAGUCCGAGCUCAGUGACCCCACACUGACCCUGCUCAACCAGGAACACUUCCAUGAGGACUUCCUGCCCCUGUACGACCUGCAGUAUUCCUUCCUGUGGGUGACCUUCAGUGGUAAGACUGAGGACGAGCUCUUAGGGCACCUCGAGAGUGUCAGGGAGUGCGCCAAGCGGAUGGGCAUGCACUGGGCACGACGCCGUGCAUGCUUUCUGCUGGGAAGACUCUGUGCCAGGAAGCUAAAACUCUCCCAGGCACGGGUGUACUAUGAGGAGGCUCUGAGUGUUUGUGUCGACAGUUUCUCUGACACGCCACUCCUCGUCGCUCUCUUCACAAACCUCACCGCCGUCUACCUGAAGCAGCGUAUGACAGACAAACUGCCCCAGACUCUGGAGAAGGCCAGUGCUCUGCUCCUCUGUCUCCCGAGCCACACCUUCACCUCCACCGACGAGGUAGAACUGCUGAAGCUGAUCCUGAGGAGAUCGGUGGUGAUGGGGGACAAAAGCCUGGAGUCUCGUGUGUGCUACCUCAUCUCCAGCCUCUUCCUGCUUCUCAAGAAGACCGAUGACGCUCUUCCCUUUGUUGAGCGCCUACAGUUUCUCUCGGUGUCUCUCUCUGCCGCUGAGGGUCAACCCAUAGCUCCUUUGGACCUCAACUGGCUCUUGAGCUGGCUCUAUCAUCGCAAGUACAUGCCUUACUUAGCACUGGCCUCUCUGAGCCUGGACUCAAGACAAGACCACUCCCUCCGCGACGCUUUCCAAAGGAUUGAGUUGUUUAUCAGGAACUCUGUUCGCCUGAACCCGUGCUGGAAGGAAGGAACCUCCUUGCUCCCGGCCCAGAUUGUGGUUUACCUUCAGCAAGCCCUGGCCAUAGCUGAGCAGGGCGAGGACAUGAAGACCCAAAGGGAUCUGUGUUUGGGCUUGGCCUCAGUCUACCAGCAGUAUGAUGCCUUAGACAAAGCAGUGCACUGUGCUCAACAAGCUGUGGAGACAGGAGACCACAUCAACGAGGAGGAGGGCUUCGAGGCGUCGGUGUUGCUCGGGUGGCUGCUGGUGUUGACGGGACAGGCCGAGAGGGCCCAGAGUGUCCUGCAGCCACUGCUCACAUCACUUCAGGGUACAGACAGUCCCACGCAGCAAGGAGUGAUCCACAACCUCUUGGCUUCGUGUCUGAGGCGGCAGGGUCGUGUCCCAGAGGCAGGCCGGCAUCUCCACUCAGCCUUGGUAAUCUCCAGGGAGAGUGGUAACCAGAGGAACCAAGCCCUGGCGCUGGCCAACCUCGGCUGCCUGGCACUGGAUGUGGGGGCAUCUUGGGUAGCAGAACGCUUCCUAGUCAGAUCACUGCACCUUUUUCUGGAGCUUUGGGAAAGCCCCACAGACGAGGAGCACGUUCAGACCUACCUAUGGCUGGGGCGGAGCUACAAAGACAGGGGGAGGAGUCAGGACAUCAGGGCAUCUUAUGAAAUGGGGCUACUAAUUGCACUAAAUGCCAGAAAUUUGCACAGUCAGAUGGUGGUGGCCAAGGUGCUGAGUCGGCUGUAUGCUGACAUGCUGCUGUAUGGUCAGAGUAUCGUCUACUAUGAGCACUGUGUGUCAGUAUCCAGAGAGCUUAAGGACAAGAGACUGGAGGGAGAAUACCUGGAAAUCCUCAGCAGCCUCUACCUGUCACUCAACACUGAGAGAUCAUCGCGCAAGUCUCUGGACUACACCAAGCAGAGCCUGAGGAUUUCUAUUGAUUUGGGCAAGAGAGAGGAGGAGUCAGAGACCUGGCUGCAGGUGGGACGUAUAUAUUACCUCAUCCAAGAGGACGAGCUGGCUGACAUGUACCUGCAGGCAGCAGUGAAGACAGCCCUGAGGAUGAAUGAUCCUCACUUUGCCAUGAGCAUCUAUGAGGAGGCAGGAGACGUCUACUUUAAAGGCCACAAAAACCGGAUGGCCUCACUGCCUUUCUUCAGGGAUGGCAGUCUGCCCUUUGCACGCAGCAUCAAGGACAUCCAUUCAGAGUUUCGCUUGUUGAGUAAACUGACAGAGCUGCUGAUGAACCAGGGAGAGCAGGAGGAGGCUCUGCAGUACGCAACACUGGCUGUUCAGAUCGCCGGCAAAACAGGUGUACGUGUGAAUGAGAGAACAGCCUACCACCGGCUGGCGACAGUUUACUACAGCCUGCAGCAGUAUGAGAUGGCAGAAAACUACUACCUCAAGUCCCUCUCCCUCUGCCCCCCGGUCCUGCAGGACCCUGCGGAGGCUCGCUACUACACUAAGGUCUACAGCAGACUGGGAAAUUUCACUCUACACAAACUGAAGGAUGCUUUUGAUGCAGUGGGCUACUUCCAGUUGGCUCUGGCAGCAGCCCUGGAGGACCAAGCUAACACUGAGGCUCUGUAUGUGGUGUACAUGAAGCUGGCAGAGAUCCACGGCAACCACAUGCCCGACGCUCAGCUGUGCCAACUUUACAGAGACAGAGCCCGCGGUCUGAAGAGAGUUCUGGCAGGAGAGGAAGGCACUGCUGCUGGAGAGGACAGCAUGGACUACACAGGCACAGCGCCUGAGCAAAAGAAGGAAAAUGACUCAGAUGGUGGUGUGGAACAUACAGAAGGUUUGUUUAAAAGGAACAGUACCUUGGAUUCCAUACCUGAAGAGGAAAAGUAUGAAGACGCCUUAGAUCCAAUAAAUUGCAUGAGUGAUGUGGACACAGAGCAUAUAGACAGUAAUCUUGGUGAUGCACAUGGAGAAGAAGAUCUCAAUCACCAACUUCCAGAUACAGACGGCCCUUCUGUGAACGGGUCUGAGACAGACACAAUUGCCAGUCAAUCGUACAGUGACAGUAUUCUCACCGAGUCCUUUGAUACAGCUAAGGAGCAGAUCUCAGACUCCAGCAGCUCCACUGACACUUUACAAACCUACCAGAAUCCAACAGAUGGGAAAGACCCAGACUUGGAUCCUGACCACAGCACGCCCAGUCAAAUACCUGUUAACCACACAAGUGACAUAACAGGACACACAGAUGCCAGAGGCCCUGAUUCUGAUGCUCAGGAUGAACAAAACACCCUCACUAAAGAAACAGAUGCUCGUGCAGAUUCUGUCCAUAAAGACAUCAGUCUGGAGGGCCCUCACCCUGACACUGACCACACAGAGACUGUUAGCAUCAAUCCAGAUGAGGCUGUAAGUGUGGACAACUCUUGUGACUGCACAGAGAAAGAUGACUCUUAGACUGCUGAAACGAGCGGUGAACACGUGGACAUAGAUGACAUCUGCAUUAAGUGUCACUUUAUGUUCUUCACUGACAUUUCCUGUCUGGUCACAUGUCUCCUGACCAUCAAACUGACUGCAACGUUCCAGCCACAUGGCACUUAAUCUAGGAAAGAUGAUGUCAAUACUGUACAAUUGUCAGAGAUUUUGUAAAUUCAAAGCAUGUGCCUUUUGUAUGAAAUAUACUGUGGUUAUUACAGUGCACUGUGCUUGUAAUAUAUGUUUUCUAAAUGUCUUGUAUCUCUGGGAGAUAUGACUCAAACAUAAAGAAUUAUUAUUUUG